UGUCUUUAUUUAUCUUGUUGGUGUCAAUCUUUAAACCUUGCACAGCUGAGAUUGUCACCAGGGAAGUUUUUUUCCGUGGCGACAGCGAGCUUUCGCAGUUGCAUAAAAUGUUCAGUGUGCUAGGAACACCAACCGAGCAGCAAUGGCUGGGUGUUACCUCUCUGAUUAACUGGAAUUCCUUUCCAGAUUGGCAUCCCAAAGACCAAGGAAGUGCUUUUCCAUCUCUUUCGCCUCAAGGAGUUGAUCUUCUCACGAAACUGCUGAAGUUGAAUCCAGCCGAAAGAAUUUCAGCAAAAGCAGCACUUGAUCACUCAUAUUUUGACAGCCUUGACAAGUCUACAUUUUGAGGCGAAAACUGAAAGAUAGUUGCGGAAUCCGUUGUCAUCAUCUUGGUGGAUAUACUUCAUUUGAUUUCUGUGGACAUCAGUGUCUCUCAUGUUUAGAGAUUUGUAGUCUUGCAAAAGAAACCGGGUAACGUUUGUUUUCUCAAGUGGGUGAAUGUAUAAAAACUCAUUGUUGUGGUUGCAGUCAGAUGGUUCCGAAAUA